AUGUUAAAAAUAUGGUCGAUGAAACAAAAACAGCAGCAAGAGGCAAAUGCCGAUGCUGCUGCGGGCAUCAAGAAGAAGAAGGUUACGGCCGCACAACUCCGAUUACAAAAAGAUAUCGCGGAAAUGUCACUACCCUCGACCAUGCGCACGGAUUUCCCCGACGAAGACGAUAUCCUCAACUUCUUUUUAUAUAUUGAACCCGAUGAGGGCAUGUACAAGGGUGGGAUCUUCAAAUUUAAAUUUGCGGUUCCGGAGACUUUUCCCCAUGAACCGCCGAAGGUCAACUGCGAACAGAAGAUCUAUCAUCCCAAUAUUGAUGUGGAGGGCAAGAUUUGCUUGAAUAUUCUGAGGGAGGAUUGGAAGCCGGUUUUGAAUUUACAGGCGAUUGUCAUUGGGUUGCAGUUCUUGUUUCUCGAACCAAACGCCUCGGAUCCACUGAAUAAGGAAGCAGCAGAGGAUUUAAGAUCUAACCGGGAGGGAUUCAAGCGGAAUGUGAGAUCGGCUAUGGGAGGGGGAUCGGUCAAGAAUGAUACUUUCGAUAGAGUAUUGAAGAUUUGA